AUGGAGAUGAUUGGUCAUGCUACUAAGGGAAGAACAUUAAUAGAGGUUUAUGUGGUUGGAGAAAUUAUAGAGGAAGGUAACAAUGAAGAAGAAGUUGUUGUGGAAAGUGCAUCUAGGUCAGAUGAACAAUUUGAUGUUGAUUCAUAUAGAGAUAAUGUCUCUAAUCCAAAGAAUCUUGAUGAUGUGGGUUUAGGAGCUGAGUCACAGAAAGAUGGUGGUGUUCAUACAGAAGUGAGGAAUAACCUAAAUACUCCACAGUUGCUUAUUUCCAACCUGGGUGACUGUGAAGUUGAAAGUGAGUCUGGGGAUGAUAAUGAGGAUGAAGACUAUUUUCCUGUUGAUGAAAGCUCAUCUGAUGAUGAACUUUCUGUUGAUGAUCUUGCUUCUGAUGAUGAUGGCCUCAACCAAAGGCCCAACAUCAGCUUCACCCUGUUGCAACGCGCGGUCCAUGGUGCAGCCCACACCCGUGCGUGCAGCCCAGCACAUGGCCCAGUGCCCGACCACGGCCCAACGAGUUUUUCAGCCCAAUUCUUCGGCCAAGAUGGACUUUGA